GGAGGUGCCGGGAGGGGAGGUGCCGGCGGGGAGGCGCCGGCCCCGGGUUUGAACCGACAGCUCCUCCGGCGGGCAGGGGCGGGAGCCCGGGCGGCUGCGAGGGCGAGUGACGCGCCGAGCCGGAGCCAUGGUCCGCCAGGUGCUCUACCGGGCGCUGGUCUCCACCCGGUGGCUGGCCGAGUCCGUGCGCGCCGGGAAGCUGGGGCCCGGCCUGCGGGUGCUGGACGCGUCCUGGUACCCGCCGGGCACCCGGGACGCGCGCCGGGAGUACCUGGAGCGCCACGUGCCCGGCGCCUCCUUCUUUGACAUGGAGGAGUGCAGGGACCGGGCAUCCCCCUACGAGAUGAUGCUGCCCAGCGAGGCGGGCUUCGCGGACUACGUGGGCCGCCUGGGCAUCGGCAACGACACCCACGUGGUGGUGUACGACGGCGACGACCUGGGCAGCUUCUACGCGCCCCGCGUGUGGUGGAUGUUCCGCGUGUUCGGCCACCGCACCGUGUCCGUGCUCAACGGCGGCUUCCGGAACUGGCUGAAGGAGGGCCACCCGGUGACGUCCGAACCCUCCCGCCCCGAGCCCGCCGUCUUCAAGGCCACCCUGGACCGCUCCCUGCUCAAGACCUACGAGCAGGUGCUGGAGAACCUUGAGUCCAAGAGGUUCCAGCUGGUGGAUUCGCGGGCCCAGGGGCGGUACCUGGGCACCGAGCCCGAGCCGGAUGCCGUAGGACUGGAUUCGGGCCACAUCCGAGGCUCGCUCAACAUGCCGUUCAUGGACUUCCUGACGGAGGACGGCCUUGAGAAGAGCCCAGAGAUGAUCCGAGCUAUGUUCGAGGCCAAGAAGGUGGACCUCGCCAAGCCCCUCAUCGCCACCUGCCGUAAGGGUGUCACCGCCUGCCACAUUGCCCUGGCCGCCUACCUCCUCGGCAAGCCCGACGUGGCCGUCUAUGACGGCUCCUGGUUCGAGUGGUUCCACCGGGCCCCCCCAGAGACCCGCGUGUCCCAGUCGAAGGACGGGAAGGCCUGAGCAGGGAGGCUCUCUGCUCGCCCAGAGCUCAGACGAUUAGCGACUGGCAUGGCCUGCAGCUGGUUCUUAGCUCCACCUAGGAGAUCUUAGGGUUGUGGCUAAAGCUCUCUCCUUACCCCUCCCCCAACCACAAAGCUGGAAUAAACGUGGCUUUUUCUGA